GACUUUCACGCGUGGAUGAUGACGUCACCGCAUAUGCGCGCUGCUCAAAUAACAGAGUUCAACAAGCCAUACCAGCUGAACUUGCAGCCGGUUCCACAAUGCGGCGAUAAUGACCUGCUUGUUGAGGUUCAUGCUGCGGGAUUCUGCCAUUCUGACCUUCAGGUCUGGGAAGGCAAUUUCAAAGCGAAACUACCAAUGAUCCCCUCUCACGAGCCCGCUGGCAAGAUCGUGCAAAUCGGCGCCCGCGCCAAGGGUUCGUGGAAAGUAGGCGACCGCGUGGGUGUGUUGAAUUUCAAGAAUGCUUGCAAGGAGUGUGUUGGUUGUCGACAGUACAAUCGAAAGAAAGGGUGCACCGAUCCUCGCUUCUGCGAGAAGAGGGAAAUGGCAGGCUUCAAGCAUGAUGGAGCCUUUGCGGAGUACAUGAUCGCCGACCCAGCUACCACUGUUCAUCUACCCGAAAAUAUAUCUUUUGAACAAGGCGCACCUCUUAUGUGCGCGGGCGCGACAGUAUGGGGCGCACUUCAGAAGCUGAAGCCGGAGGUCCAGCCUGGCGAAACAGUCGCAAUAGUAGGCAUAGGCGGUCUUGGACAGCUGGGGAUUCAAUUCGCAAAAGCUAUGGGUUUUGAGACGGUAGCUAUAGACAACAGACUUGAAGGCCGCAGGCUGGCGACGGAAGUCUCUUCGAACCUGAGACCAGACCUGAUAGUAGACUCCUCGGCCCCGGACGCCUCGGACAAGAUUAUGGACUUCACAGCGGGGGAAGGUCUUGCGGGGAUUGUUGUCUGUACGGAUUCUGUCCCGGCGAACACCUGGAGUCUGCGGCAGCUCGGCAACGGAGGGGUAAUGGUUCCAGUCGGUUUACCGCAGGACAGAUGGCAGUUUGACACAGAGCCCAUCGUUUUCCGUGAACUGACCAUUCGAGGCGUGUAUGUGGCUGGCAGGGAACAGGUGGAAGAGAUGUUGAAAGUUGUGGCUGAUCAUAAGAUUCUAUCUCAUGUUACCUCAGUCUCUUUCGAUGAAAUUCCGAAUUUGGUCGCAAAAUACACUGAUCCAGCGAUGAAGGGCCGCCUGGUGGUUCAGAUCAAGCAAUGA